CCACUUUGCAUUUAUCAAACCAUUCGUUCCUUUUCUCACAUAAUCAUCAUUACACACAUUUUCUUCAAACAAACAUUUCUUACUGUUUCUUGCAAAAUCAGAUUUUUCGGGAAAUAUGGCGGAGGAGGUGAAAAAAUACCAUCAGCACGUUGACGAGCCUUGUGUUCAGGACACAACCGCCGUCAAAGUGGCGGAGGAGGGACCCGUGGAGGUGAAGGACCGUGGGUUGUUUGAUUUCAUGGGGAAGAAGGAGAAAGAGGAAGAGAAGAAGGUCAAGGAGGAAGUACUUGUGACUGAGUUUGAACAGAAGGCGCAGGUCUGUGAACCGGGGCACAAGGAAGAAGAAAAAGAAGAGAAGAAGCAUGAGAGUAUACUCGAAAAGCUUCACAGAACUGGCAGCUCUAGUAGUUCAUCAAGUGAUGAGGAAGAAGUGGAAGAAGGAGGAGUGAAGAUCAAGAAGAAGAAAAAGAAGGGUUUGAAGGGGAAGGUUUCUGGAGAGCACAAGGAAGAAUAUAAGGCUGAGGAAAUUUCUGUUCCAGCAGAAAAAUAUGAAGAAUCAGAAGAGAAAAAAGGGUUUUUAGACAAAAUCAAGGAGAAGCUUCCCGGUGGCCACAAGAAGGCUGAGGAAGUUUCUGCACCACCCCCACUACCACCAUAUCAGGCCACCGAGUGUGCCACCCCUGACGUUGAGGCAAAGGAGAAAAAGGGGUUCUUGGAUAAGAUCAAGGAGAAGCUCCCUGGGUACCACCCCAAGACUGAGGAAGAGAAGGAAAAGGAAAAGGAAAAGGAAAAAGAAAAAGAAAAAGAAAAGGAAAAGGAGGGUGCAUGCCACUAAGAAAGCAAAUGUUAUAAUUCUCUCUUUUGAGUGUCUUUGAUUUCUUCUUUGGUUGUUUUUUCUUUUUUCCUUUUAUUUUUUAAUUUGGGUGAUAAAUGUUUACUGUAUAUACGAGUGCAUUUCUGUGCUUAUCUAUGUGUGUGAAAUGAAAAGCUUGUUUAAGGUUUGUUUUAUGAUCAUCAUAAACUCCUGCUGUUGGGUUCUCGUGUUC